AUGAAGAUUACAAAAGUAUUAGAAACUAUUUUGGAUUGUGGAUAUGAAAAAAAAAUCCCUAAAGAAUUGUUGAUAUCAAUUAAAGAUAUAUUAAAACAUAAUGGAAAAAGAAAGAAAGAUGAAAUCAAAGAAUUAUUUGAAUAUAUAUCAAAUAUUUUAAAUAAAGGUUUUGAAAAAGAUGGGAUACUAAAUGAGGGUAUAAAUUCAUUAGAUAAUGAAAAAAAAAAAAAAAUAAUUUUUAAUAAUUUAAAAAAAAUUUUUAAAACUUUAAUUUUAUUUAAAAAUCAAAAUGAAUAUACAGAAUUACUUUCAGAUUUUUUAUUCCAUUUAUAUAAAUAUAUGAGGAUAUUAAAUGUGAAAAAGUGUUACAAACUUUUGAAAAAAACUGUUUCAAUAUUGGAUAGCGAUGGUAAAAGGGAAAGUAAUUCAGGUCAAAGUCAAGACAAAGGUGAAAAAGAGAGUGAAGCAAAAACGGACAUAAAAAAUGAAGCAAACAAAAACGACGACAUUUUCAACUUUUUAAUAAACAGCAACAUACUGAUAUAUUUGGAAAGACUUAAAAAGGAGAACAAACAAAACUUGUGCUAUGAUGAACAUUAUUUUUUUAUAAAUUUAAAAAAUAAAAUAUUAAACAAAAAAUAUAUACUAACAUUUUGUAAUAAUAAUAAUGUUUUGCUAUCCUUUUUAAAAUAUCCCAAGUUUCCUAUAUUUAUAGACACAUUAUUUAAUCUAUUUUUUUUUGUUAGAAAUAAUUUAGAUAUAUUUUUUAUAAGAAACAUUUUUAAAAAAAUAUCAGAUAUAAUUAAUAUAAAAAAUAAUGAAAUGCAUAAAAAAUUUACAAUCAAAAAAUAUUAUAACUUAUUAUUUUAUGCAUAUUUUUUAUAUAAAAUAAAAAUGGUAGUAUAUAUAUAUUUAUAUCCAUUAAAAUGUAAUUCAAUAUUGAAUGACAAUAUUGAAGCCCAGACAAUUAUAGACAUAUAUACAAAUAUAUUAGCAGAUUACAAAACCAUUUUAUACUAUUGUAUAAUCACAAUAAAUAAUAGCAAAAAAAAUAAACUUUAUAAUUUUUGUUUAGCUAUUAUAUAUAUAAUCAACUUAAUAUAUACAAAUCAUAAUACAAUUUUAAAAGUGUUUCCCCAAAAUAAUGAUAGCAUAAUAGCAUUUAAAAAGUAUAGAGACAUUUUUUUACAAUAUAAAAAAAUAUUUCAAAAAUUGUCUCACCAUUGUAAAGAUGAUAUAGUUACGGAAGCUAAAAUACGUACAAUCGUGUAUAGCAAUAAAAUGUUUGCAAAAGAAAGUAACAUAAAUAAUUAUAAUAAAAAAAAAAAUGGAAUAUCAGAAAAAUGUGAUAUGCUAAACAUGUGUGUAAAUAAUGUAGAAAAAAAAGAAAUAUAUAAAUUUUUAUACAACGAAAUUACUGAGACAGAUUAUUGCUAUACAACAAUAUUUUCAUAUUUUUAUACUUUGACAAAAAGAAUUAUUAAAAUUUAUGAGUUUCCUAAUAUAUUAAUGGAUAUUAUAUUUUAUAAAAAAUUUUUUAUAAAUAAUUUAUAUGAUGAAUGUCAAAAAAAUAAAACAAAUUCUCAUCAAGCAGAUUAUUCUAAAAUUAUAUAUAAUAACAUAUUUUUAGACAAUAUUAAAAAUGGAUUAUGUUUAUAUAUUAAUAUUGAUAAAAAUGUUUUAAAUUAUUAUUUUUUAAAUGAAUUUUAUAAAUUUUUAAUAAAUAAGUCUGUAAAUUAUAAAAGCCUAUAUAAUAUGCUUAUUUAUGACUCCCAAAAUAAAUAUAACAAAAUCAAUAUUUUUCUUUUUUUUCAAAAAAUUAUAUUAAGAAAUGUUUUAAAUAAUGUAUUAUUAAUAGAAGAUGAAAAAUUACAAGACAAAGCAGUAGAUAAAACAGUAGACAAAACAGUAGACAAAACAUUGCACACAAAUUCGUCUGACAAAAAUAGCAUGCCCUUACAACAUCGUAUAAAUAAUACUACUGGGUUGGUUUACUUUUUUAAAAAAGAAAAUGAAAAAUUAGCUAGACUUAAAAUAAAUGAAUUUAAUAUAAACAGUAAAGAUAUAAAUAAUAUAGCCUCUUUAAAAACUGAAAAUUUAUUUAUUAUAUUAAAAAAUAUAGAUUUUAUAAAUUUAAAAAAUAAUAAUGCAAACUUUAUAUUCAAUAAAAAUAUUAUUAACAUUCUUAUACAGCAAUUAACAAAAGAAGGCUUAUCCUUAUUUAACUACUUACAUACAACUAAUUUAAAAGAAAAAAAAAAUGAAGAAACAAAAGAAAUUAUAUAUAAUCAAAUUAAUAAAUUAAAAAAACAAAUUAUAAUUAUAUUUAAAAGUAUGUAUAAUUUUUCAAAUUCAAUGAUAUCCAUUUUUAACCUUACCAAGUCAGGUAAAAAAUGUGUACUUUGCAUAAAUGAAAAAAAACAAUAUAUAUUAACAACACAUGAUUAUUAUGAAAAAAUAAAACAUAAAAAUAAAAAAGAUGAACAAAAAGAGAUUGUUUAUUUGCGAUUUAGACAAGAAUGGGGAGGAAAAAGAAAAUAUUUCAAACUUGUCAAAAGUUGUAUAAAAUUAUAUGUAAAUUUUAUUGAAAAAACAUUUAAAAGUAAUAAUGAAAAUGAAGUUACAAUUUUAUAUGAGCUUGGUACAGCUAUUUUAUUUGCAUUCGAUUUUCUUAUUUUUUAUAUUAUAAAUAAUAUGACUAUACAAAAUGUAAAUAACAACAACAUGUCUAAAACAAAAAUAUAUAGAUUUAAAAAAAUAUAUAACAAUAUAUUUAUUCAACUAAAUAAUAUAAAUAAAAUUAUAAAUAAGCAUAGUGAUGAAAAUGAAGGACAAUGUUUGACAACUUCAACGGAAUUACAAACAAGUUUAGCAACAUUUUCAAAAUAUUAUUAUAUUAUAAGUAAAAAAUUAAAUACACAAUUUGAAAAAAAUUAUUUAUCCUUAUUUAUUAAUUAUAAUUAUUUACAAAAAAAAAAUGAAAAAAAAAAUAAACAAGCUCUACAUAUUUCAAAAAAAAUAUUUAAACAAUUAAAAAAUACAUCAAUGAAUGAAAUAUUAUUUAAUGCAAAUAAUUUAGAUUAUUCUGAAAGUGAAGUUGAAGAAAUAAAUGAACAAGACAAAAAUAAUAAUUUACCAAUCAGUCUAGAAAUGCAAAAUACUUCAGAAAAAGGAGAAGAAGAUAUUGUUGUAUCAAGUAGUGCACUUUUAAAUAUUUUAACUGACGAGCCAACUAAAGAACAAAAAGAAAAUGAUGAAACUGUUGAAAAUGAUGAAAAUGAAAAUGAAAAUGAAAACAAGAUUAGUGUAACAAAGAAGAAAGAACAUACUGAUCUAUUCCAUAACAUAAACGCCUUAUUAACAUUACUAAAAAUAAAUACCAAAACACAAAAUGGUGAAGCAGCCAUCAAGUCAUUAUACCUUUUGCUCAAAUCGGCCAUCCUAAUCUCAAAGCAAAUUAAAGUGGCAAGCAAGAGGGUUAGUGCACUGAAAAGGGGUGAAGAAAAAGAGGGUGAAGAAAAAGAGGACGGUGAAAAAGAGGGUGAAAAAGAGAAGGACAGCGAACAAGAUGAGAGUGAAGAUGAGGAGGACGGCAGCAGCGAGUACGAGAGCGAAAGUGAAAAGGCAUACAAAAUGAAAAUGAGAAGGGCCGGAAAUAUGUAUAUAGAGGAUAUGCUAAACUUAGAAAAAAAAAUAAAACAUUCUAUCAUAAGUUUCAAAGUAAAUAACAAAUUAGAGAUGGAGACUAAUGAUAAUGUAGAAGGUUUAAUAGAAAAAUAUGUAUUAAAAAUUUUAGUAAUUUUAAUAAAAAAUGGUAAAAAUAAUUUGGAUACCAUAAAUUUAUGUUUAAAAUGUUUAGAUUUUUAUAAUAAUAUGGAAAAUAAAAUUUUCAAAAAAAAAAAAAAUAUUGUAAUUAAUUAUUUAUAUGAAUUUGUACAAAUAAUAAUGUUUAUAAAAAAAGCAAGAGUAUAUUAUUUAAAAUUUUUAAUAAGUUUUUUUAAAAGUACAUUUAUAAAAUAUAUAAAUAGUAAUGAAAUGUUUAGUGGGCAAUAUGGGGGACAAACAAUAUUUCCCGUUCUUAUAGACAAAUUUACUUCCGAUUUUUAUAUUUAUAAUUAUAUAAAUAAUGAAAAAAAAAUAAAUAUAAUGAAUAGGAAAGACAAAGAAAAUAUGUCAAAAAUGGUAUUUGAAAAGAUGAUGGAAAAUGUUGUAAAAAGACAACAAAAUGUAGAACAAAAUAAUAUUGAAAAUUAUGACAGCUAUGUUAAUCAUAUAAUUGUUAGAGAAGAAAAUAAUAAAAAUAUUUUAAGCCCAUUUAAUUUAGAUGAAUUAAAAAAUAUUGUUCACAAUAUUUUCAUCCAAUUAAAUUAUGUACUAAAUAAAAAUAAUCCAUACCUCUUUAAUAAAAAAAGAAAUAUAACACUUAUAUUUUUAUUGAAAAAAAUAAGUGAAAUAAUAUUUAUAAAUGAUCCAAAUGUCUUAUUAUUUAAAGAUCAACUAAUUAGUAAACAUAUGAAUGAGAUUUUUAUAUUUAAAAAUAAAUUAGACGAAAAAAUUAACACACAACAAAUUUGUAUUAAUAUAAAUAAUUUUUACAAAAAAGUAGAAAAUUUAAUUAAUUUUAUCCAAGUUAAAGAUAUAAACAUUCCACUCAAUAAUGUUCAAAAUUCAAAUAAAAAUAAACGUCCAUUACAUGAUGCUAUGUACAACCCAAAAAAGAUUAAAGUUUAA